CUCAGGUGAAAGAGUCACCACGUAAGUGAUUACAUUUUGUUUCUGAAAAUAUUUUAUUCAUCUUUGGAAAAUAGUAGUUGAUGUUUCUGUUCAGUUCUAGAUGAACCAUGGAGGGAACUACGCUGGAGUGAAAAACACCAGGAUCUUCAAUAUAUUCAAGAAUACAAACCUGAAAAAGAUGACAUCAGGUACCUUCGAGUGCUUCUUUAUGGACCCGUUGGUGCUGGGAAGUCCAGUUUCAUCAACUCUGUCAGUAACGUCAUUCGAGGUCGAAUGACAAUUCCUGCUUUGGCCAGUGCAAUGACAUCUGACCAAAGUUUUACCAAAAAGUAUGAAACUCAUAAAUUCAUUAAAGGACGAGGAAGCUCAAAGACAUUUUACCCUGUGGUCUUCAGCGACAUCAUGGGUCUGGAAGAAGGGGAAAUACAAGGAGUUCAUGCAAGUGACAUCAAGCUGGCUUUGGAAGGACAUGUAAAGGAAGGCCACAAGUUCAACCCAGUAGGUCCUCUAUCUGAAGGUGACCCAGGCUACAACCCGACACCCUCUGCUGAUGACAGAGUUCAUGUCUUGGUCUGCGUGAUGUCUGCCAACGCCCCACAGAUUAAACCAUCAGUUCUAGAGAAAAUGAAGAGGGUCAGAGAAACAGCCAGUGAUCUGGGAAUUCCUCAAAUGGCCAUAAUGACACGCAUUGAUGAAGCCUGCGAAGAAACUGAAAAAAACUUGAGAAAUGUGUACAAGAGCAAGCACCUAAAGAAAAAGAUGAAAGAUUUCAGUGCAGCAGUGGGAAUCCCAAUGAACUGCAUCUUUCCUGUGAAGAACUACAGUGCCGAAAUCAACCUGAACGAUGAUAUUGAUACUUUGAUUCUGAGUGCCUUGAGGAAAAUGAUCGACUUUGGAGAUGACUUCCUUGAAAAGAUUUAAAAUGGGCUUUAGAAGACACAUUGUGUCUUCUUUACUUUACCAAUGAUUAAGAAAAUGUUUUUUUUUUCAUAAUGUAGUGUCUGAUUUGGGAUACUUAGUAAUAAGAACCUUAAACUUUCUACUAUUGAUUUAUUGAAAUUUUCU